GAAGGAGGCGCGAAGGCAGUGAGCGGUGCCACCCGGCAGCUGCGCUGAAUGCAGGGGGAACGCAAAGCUUUAUUCCCUAGCAGUGCUUUACCAAAUUACACGUUUCAUGAUCGUUUCGUAAGCGAGUAGUCGAAGGGGAGGCCCUCCUCCUGGAACAGAGCGGCCUCCAGCCUCUGCAGAGGAAGCACGCUUGAAAAAGCUGAGGUGUCCUAAUUUUUCCACGCUGCCGCAGACUGAUUUAUAAACCUCUGCAACGACGGAGGAACCCCUGAGAGACACGAUGAAUUGUACCGUUGUUUGAUCUUGAAGAUACAAGAAACCCUAAGAUGUGCAGAGCGGAGAUGAGACUGGAAGUGUAUCCCUGUUACAGCAUUCAAAACAGCUGGCCUUGUUUAGAAAUUUUAGAAAAGUCUGAGGAGUUGGACGAGUUUUAACCUGUCAAAGGAAAGGUAGAUGAACAUGACAUACAACCUCAGCAUAUGGACUUCCACAUGGAACUUCUACAGUAACAGUAGGUGUGGUGAAAGGAGGAAGUUACCGGCCAAGAAAUGGAGGCUAAUCUUUCGUUAUACAACUAAAGCUUCUUCUUAAAAAGAUCCUUUCUCAACUUCUCUACUAGUAAUCCUAGACUGUCAAAAUAUUUUCUGCUUAGGAAGUUCUGCCAGUGGUGUGAAGGAAUCCAUCCAACAACAGUGAGACACGCAAGAUGAACAGAAGGGUUUUACCUAUUGCAAAAGACAUUUGCGGAUCAAAGAUAAAAUGGGACAAAGAAAUCAAGAGGCCCUUGCCUUCUCAGCAUAAAAAGAGGUGAGAAAUCCUUCCUCUGUGCACUGAAGUCAGGUAUGUCUGUGCUGUAUCAACAGGGGAAGUCAGGAACCCUUACGAGAUGCAACACAGAACUGCUCAGGAGACAGUAAGGAGGAACUGCUAACGCCGCCAGGAUUUGGUGAUGGAGGCUUUGCUGGAAGGAAUGCAAAGACAUGGGCAGGGAAGCAGUGGGUUCUUGACUUCGUGUGAGGCUGAGCUGCAGGAGCUGAUGAAGCAGAUCGACAUUAUGGUGGCUCACAAGAGAUCUGAGUGGGAAGGACAGACACAGGCCUUGGAGGCUUGCUUAGAUGUUCGAGAGCAGGAGCUUUCCUCUGCCAGGGCUGCUUUGGAAGAAAAAUACAAAGAGGUUGGCAUGUUGCGUCAGCAGUUAGAAGACGUGGAGAAAGCCAAACAGGACAUGGUUAGAGAAUAUGAACAGCAGCUGAAGAAAUUUCAAGAAGAGUUGGCCAGGCUGAGGAGAAGCUAUGAGAAGCUGCAGAAGAAACAGCUGAAAGAAGCUAGAGAGCAAGGUGCCAAGAGAGAAGAGGAGGACCAGUUUGAAAUGAGCCGACUGACCAGGAAGCUGGAAGAGUUUCGUCAAAAAUCACUUGACUGGGAGAAGCAGCGUUUGCUUUACCAGCAGCAGGUGGCAUCACUGGAAGCGCAGAGGAAGGCUUUGGCUGAGCAGUCUGAGCUCAUUCAGCAGACUCAGCUUGCCAAUCGGAAGCAGAUGCUGGAGUCGGUGGAGCUGGUUAGCCGAUCGGAAAUCCAGCACUUAACCAGCAAGCUGGAGAGGGCCAAUGAUGCUAUCUGUGCCAAUGAGUUGGAGGUGGAGAGACUUAACAUGAGAGUGGACGAUCUAACCGAAAACAAUCGGAUGAUUCUGGAAGAUCAGCAAAGAGUUCAAGAAGAAUUAAGGCAAGCCAAGAAAAUGUUAGAGGUAUUACAGGAUGAGAAGAUGGAGCUUAGAGCCACCUUGCAGUCUCAAGAAGAUUUCAUUGAUAGCUCCAAGCUGCAUCAGGAACAGUUACAGAAGGAGCUGGCCAGGCUGACUGAAACUCUUCACACAAAAGAACUCCUCAUCAGGGCCUUGGAAGAACGCUUACAGGAGAAACAGCUGUCUUCUCCAGGGCUGGAGCAUCUACUCCUGCAAUUAGAUGUUGCCCAGAAGAAGGAACAGCACUUACAGUCAGAGGUGACUCAUCUUGAGAACAGCCUGGUGUCUUCGAAUGCAAGGUGCGUACAGCUGAGUGAAGAGCUGGCCAAGAAUAUCAAAGAGCUGCAGUCAAUGGAAGAACACCAUAGCGACUCAAAGGCAGAGAUUAAAAAGCUGAAAGAGCAGCUCUCUCAAGCUGAACAAACUCACAGUAGUGAGUUAGAAGGGAUGAAAAAGGAAGUCUCCAAAUUAACACAGGAGUUACACCAGCGGGACAUUACAAUUGCAUCAAAAAGUGGCUCCACGUCAGACCUAGAACGCCGGCUGAGAGCAGAGAUUGAAAGAGCAGAGAGGAAAGCAGUGGAGCACAGGGUAAUUCUGGUUCAGCUGGAAACCCUGAGGCUGGAAAACCGUCAUCUCUCAGAGAUGCUGGAGAAAAUGGAGUUCAGUAUGGUGGAGGGAAAAGAUGUCACCCUAAGAGCUCUCAGAGAAGGCUAUGCUGUUGAACUAAAUAAAUUAAAAUUGGAGAACCAGCAAUUGCAGAAGGAGCUAGCAGAGAGUAGAGCAAAAGGGCAGCUCUCUACUCAGGUCUGCCAGGAUGAACCUGAGAUCAUUGCUCAGCAGAUACCAAGUGAAGAGCCUGAGACCAGGGAUGUACAGUACAGGACAACUCAGGAAGCACAGCACAAACAUGGGGGACAAACAGAGAAAAUACAUCACAAACCUGACAGGACUAUCCAGCAUCAUCAAGGGGAGCCCCAGAGAUGGAAGAUUCAGCCUUUGCCUGCUGAAAUGGGUGCUGUGACCCCUGAGACGUGUGAACCACCUGCCCAGAUCAGCCAGAAGAACUGUGUGGAGUCUCUUGCUUCUGGUGCCCUGCUGGGAGCAGAUUCUUUGCUCCUUGUGCUGGAUGGGAACAAAGAUUUUGCUGAUGAAGCAUCUAGGCAGUCCAUCUCGAGUCUUCAGAGAGAAUCUUUGCCUUUGUGCCCCCUGCCUAUGGCUUCAGUUGGAUCGAUAGCUGCAAGAUAUCUGGAAGAGGAAGAACUGAGAUCCCAGCAUAUCCUGAAACGCCUAGAUACUCACAUUGAGGAACUGAAGAAAGAGAGUGAAAAGACAGUGAAACAGUUUGGACACCAGGAGUAAUUUUUUUUAAAACGGUCAUUGAGUUUGAACGUUGGUUUACUUAAAUGAUUUCAAAGUGUGAGGGGGCAGGUACUCAUGAACCAACUGCCCUUGGAGCUUGACUGAGAGACCUUACCUCCCACUUUGAGCUGAAUCGAGAGGAUGGAUAUUGAGGAAAGGAAACUAGUUUGUUUGCUCUGGUGGAGAUUAUUACGGUGGCAGAACUGCAGCUCCACCUUAAAUGCUUUAGUUGGCUCAUUGUAGGUCAGAAAGCUGCAUCAGAGAGGUGUAUUUGUGCACUAACUCACAAAGAAAUUGUGAUAUUUUUAGAAGCAAACCCUUACUAAUUUUAAUGUAAGUAUAUAAAGUAUAUUUUAUACAUGUAAAAGCAUUGAAAUAAAGCAAAAGGGAAAAAGACCCCCUUUUUCCUACAAAGACACAGAGUAAAUCUCUUGUGGCCUAUGCUGCCUUCUCAUCAGGAACUUUGACGCUUUUUGCAUCCUUUUCCUUCAAGAGUAGCUAUGCUCAGAGUAGCUAUGCUCUUGAGAAGACAAGGUAUGUGAUUCCACUUCCUUUAGGCCAGCUGUAUUUUCCCCAGUUAAUGUUUCUUUUAGUACAAUUUCUUAAUAUUUCCUGGUUCGUCUCGCAACUUCUGCCAUUUACUGUUUAUACAGUAUCCAGCUGCUUCAUCUUGCUUGCCCAUUACAUGAAGUACUGCAAAGUACCUGAGAAAUGAAUGGCUGAAUUCUAAUUGUGGUCCAAGCUCUUAUAAAAGGGGAGUAAUUGGAACUGACAGUGAAAUGGAGUGGGUGGGGAGCUGCACACAGGUGAGAUUCAUCUGUACACCAGCUGUAAUUACAGCUGCUGCAUAAGCUGGCAUCGACCUGAUUUGAAUCUAGUCAGUGUCUCGGAUGCUGUCCCGUGGAGUUGAACUGCUGUCUUAAUGUAUGUUUGUGACCUGUGUUGGGGUAUGUAUCCAGCCCUUCCUCAACAAAAGUUGGUAAUGAGGGAACUGAACCCAUUUCCUACAGACUUGCCUUUCUCCAAGCAGGAUUCUGCAGCUGUUCCUAUGGCUGUGCCUUUGCAACCUCUGUACAGGCAUAUCCAGGCAUGGAGACGUUCCUUCUCCGAGUGCAAGUUUCAUGUUCGCUUCCCUCACCUUCACCUUGUCCUGGAGAGGCUUAGUGCUGACGAGAAGCAGGCAUUCAAAAGCAAGAUAGGCGUGCAGAAAGCAACCAUUAGGUUAGGCAGCCCUGCUCCGUUCGGCAAAUUUGGUGAUGCCUGUCUGCAAACUGCAGCCUCUGUAUCACGCCACAAAAGAGGACUGCACAGUAGUUCUGUGUUCUGGAGUAAAAUGUAAAUGUAAAAUGUGAGACGCUCCUGAAUCCUGGCCUCUGCAUCAACGAAUCCUUUUAUUCUGGAUUUCUUCUGGGGUUCUCUGAACAAGGAUAAGACCUUCAAAUGCAUUCUAGAUUUUCAAUGUGUUGAGGCAUUUAGCUGCUCACACCUGGGAAUAAACUAUGGUCAUGCAUUUUUCAAAUAAUCAGCAUUGGCCUCAGCUUCUGUUGGGAGCUGCCUACCGGUAAGCAUUUUUGGAACAUCCACCUUAAAUAUCCAGCACUCAAGUAAGGACUUGUUGGUCGUGAGAUGCUUUGACAAAACCUGAAAAUCAAGAUAGAACAAACGGUUGUUUUCCCUUCCCGUGUGAAUCCACAGCUCCACUGAGUGUGCGGUAGUCCAGAGCUCUUACGGGUUCCUUGUGUUCCUCACCUGUGGCAGCAAUACCAUUUUUCUAAUGAUACCUUUUGAACAUGUGAUGUGAACUAUUUUAUAUUUCUUGAAGACUUGUUAAGUUACUGAGAGUUGCAUCAUGCACUAAGUACUUUCAGAAAUUUAAAGGACGCUUUGGCUCAUUAGUAAAGCUGGCUUCCCAAUUCCCUUCUUUGAGGGAUAUUUGACAGUCUUGUCAGAAGUGAGGAGCAAAGCUGAAAAUGAUCCAUUUGUUCAAUUAGCAGCUGUAAUCCUACAGUAUUUAUUGAUCUCUAAUGCAUGUAAUAAGCAGCUCCAUUCAGGGAGUAAACUAAGGAUUUGAUCUAAAGUGACUAAAGAGUAAAAUUUGCAGCAGGGGAGCUGUUUGUCCAAAUUGUAGUUAUGAUCUCUUUUCCCCUUAUCCUGGUGGAAAU